GGGGGUCACUGGCUGCCGAGGAACCCUCCCGCUGCCUGGCAGGGCUUUGUGCACGUAGGGAGCCGCGGGUCUUUAGCCCCCCCCCAUUCCCGCGCUGCGAGGUGCGGCAUAGCGAUUCCAGCUGCAGUCCCCCAAAGAGAAGCGGGGGGCGGGGGGGGCGGUGCAGCGCCGCGGGGCGAGCCGGCCGGGUCACGCUCGCCGGGGCCGGAGAAGGGGGCGCGGGCGGGCAGCGGCCGCUGAUGGGGAACGGGGCGCGCCUGGCCCCGGGGGGGCGGGAUCCGCUGCUUGGAGCGAUUGAGCAGGGGGAGCAAAGCCGGUCCCUCGGUCUGAUUUCUCCUCUCCCGGCCGCCCCGGGCAGAGCUUUGCAGCAAUGGGUGGGGGAUUUUUUGGUCGGAGGGGGCGGGGGGGAAGGAGGAAAUGGAGGAGCGGGGGGGGGUUUUGUUUUUGUUUUAACCCCCAGCCUUCCAACUCUUGACUGAUCUGGCCACUUCCGUGGCGACCCACAGCCCCCUUCCCCCUCCCCUGUUUAUUUUGUGGCGAUUGGAUCCAUUUCCAGUUGCUGCAUGCGGGGCUGGGGGGGGGGUGUGCAGGGGUGGGGAAGCGUAGCGCGCCUCCCUCCACUGACGGGGGGAGGGGGGGAGAAAGGGAAUUUUUUUUUUACCUGUCAUAUUUGUCCUAGAAAAAGACAGCGAGAGGGAGAGCGAGGCGUUCCCGGCGCAAGGGGGACAGGAGGGGGGGGGUGUUGGGGGUCAGGCGCCCCCCCCACACACCCCAGGAUUGCAGCUUGGAGAGAGAAGGGGGCGUAUGUGACCAAACCUGACCUCUGGGAAUAACCCGGUCCCUGCUUUUUUAUCUGUUUUUUUUUUUGAGGGGGGGGGUGGGGGGAAUAGACAAAACAUUUGUCAAUUUCCAGUUGCUGUCCAUGAAUGCAAACACCAUGAUUUUCAUGAUCCUGGGUGCCUCUAUCGUUAUGGCAAUAGCUUGCUUGAUGGACAUGAAUGCGCUGUUGGACCGGUUUCACAAUUACAUCUUACCGCAUUUAAGAGGAGAAGAUCGAGUUUGCCACUGCAACUGUGGAAGGCAUCAUGUACAUUACGUUAUUCCAUACGACGGGGACCAAUCGGUGGUGGACUCCUCGGAGAAUUACUUUGUGACUGACAAUGUAACCAAGCAGGAGAUUGAUCUGAUGCUGGGACUUUUGCUGGGCUUUUGUAUAAGCUGGUUUCUGGUGUGGAUGGAUGGAGUUCUCCAUUAUGCUGUGCGAGCCUGGAGAACCAGCCGACGGUACGACAAUUCUUGGUCUUGGAUUCCGAAAUUUUGUAACUUGAAGGAGUUCAGGAAACGUCAGCACAGGCAGUACGAGGAGGCGGCCGGGAACAUGGUGCACAUCAAACAGAAGCUGUACCAUAAUGGACAUCCCAGCCCCCGACACCUCUGAGAAACACCUGCCCCUCCAGAGACGGCAAAGCGAUUUUAGAACUGGGCUUUUAGGGGAAUGUCUGUGAGUUCACUCCUCCAUGGAAGAGAGUGGAGGACACCAUUUUAUUUAUCGAGGUGGGGUGAUUCUGAGGCACACUGCGAAUGCACAACUAAGCCAGUUCUGGCUGCAAGGCAGCCAAGACAUUGCACUGUGUUCAUCGUUUUAUUGUUGGACUUCUGUAUAUAUGU